AUGGCGAGCCGCGAUAACCCUCGGUCUGACAAUUCAUCUCACUCCUCGUGCUCCCCAGUUGGUGCGGCACUGCUCCGCGACUAUGCCCUCCAUAUAGAACCCUCCCAAACCCACACCGAGAUUCGCGACUCCCCUCACGCCAGCACUCUCUCCCUCCAGACUGAGCCGAUUGAAGAAGAAGGCUUGUCGCUGCCUCUGACGCUACGGCCUCUCCAAAAGGCCAUUUCUCGGCCUCGGUCGCAGAAAGCGCUCUCGACGGAUUCCAUCCCGCGACAGACCAUUUUGAAAGCCCUGGCCUCGCGAUCCUCGAUCGUCGCCAAUAAUCCCAACACCAUGUCGGCGAGUUCGUGGUCGAAUUUGCUCAAUAAGUCCACCCAGGCUUCCCCGCCUUCUGACGACCGGCAGCGCCGGGGCAGCAAUGCCUCCCAAAACCUCUCUACAGCACUUUCCAACCUACAAUUAAGCGGAUACCUCGAUAGAUCACCGGCAACUGCACGACUAGUAUUGCAGUCGCCAUGUUAUUUCCACCAGCGUUUCGACGACGCUGUCAAUAUAAAGAAGGUGCUAGAGGAAAUCGCCGAUGAUGAGUGGCUGUCCCACUCACGGCUAGUUCAGACAGCAACUGGAGUACGCGAGGUUUCCAAGCAGCUCCAACGCCGGCCGAUCAAACGCGCCGUGCGAAAUGUCAUGAUUGUCACCAAGGCUCGGGAUAACAGCCUAGUGCAUUUGACUCGGGAAGUUGCCGAGUGGCUGCUUUCAACACCAAGAUAUGGGAACAAACAAGGAGUCAAUGUCUAUGUUGAUGCGAAAUUGCGGAAUUCCAAGCGCUUCGACGCACCGGGGCUCUUGCAAAAAGACCCGAUGUUUGCGCAGAUGCUGCAUUUCUGGACACCAGAUCUUUGCUGGACAUCGCCGGAUAAAUUUGACUUGGUCUUGACUCUAGGUGGUGAUGGCACUGUCCUCUUCACUUCAUGGCUCUUCCAGCGGGUUGUACCGCCUGUGCUCUGCUUCUCAUUGGGCAGUCUCGGCUUCCUCACAAACUUCGAAUUCUCCAAUUACAAAUCACAACUGAAUGGUGUCAUGGGUGAUGUGGGCAUGCGCGUCAACCUACGUAUGCGAUUCACAUGCACCGUCUUCCGGAAGGACCGGAGUAAAGGCGCAGAGGCAGGUGCGGUCGAGGAAGGCGAGCAGUUUGAAGUUUUGAACGAGCUCGUCAUCGACCGCGGCCCAUCCCCCUACGUCUCGAAUCUAGAGCUAUAUGCCGACGACGAGCUUCUGACCGUCGUCCAAGCAGACGGCUGUAUCUUCUCCACCCCGACCGGCUCAACAGCAUACUCCCUCUCAGCCGGCGGCUCUCUCAUGCACCCUUCUAUCCCCGGCAUUCUCCUGACACCAAUCUGUCCCCACACCCUCUCCUUCCGCCCAAUGGUGCUCUCAGACUCCCACCUUCUCCGCAUCGCAGUCCCAAACACCUCCCGGUCCACCGCCUACUGCUCCUUCGACGGCAAGGGUCGCAUCGAACUCCGCCAAGGUGACUGUGUCACCGUCGAAGCAAGCCAGUACCCCUUCCCAACUGUCGUAUCCAACAACAACGAAUGGUUCACAAGCGUCCAACGCGCUCUGCGCUGGAACACCCGUGGCGCAAUCCAAAAAGGCUGGGAUGGCGACGGCGCCGACCACAACGGUGACCCCAACGAAGACGAACAAUGGGAUAUCGACACAGACGCCGGCAUCAACGGUACAGAUAGCGGUAUCGGUCCCAGCGAAGAUGGAGAUGCAAUGUCGCCCAACCCCAUGCGUCGACAAAUGAGCUUGCUCAGUAUGUGA